AUAGGACGUCGUCGUCUAUAGCGACAUGCAAGCUUCAUAGCUUCGUUGAUUUGCAAAAUCGUAUGACAAAAAUGGAAAAACCUCCGUAGAAGUACAUUAUUCUAUGGCAAACAGCCACUGCGUCCCUCGCCAAGGCGGCGAGAGGCUGCCCGAUUAUUUAAAACGACUGUUUAACGGAAAAUCCAGUGAUGUCGACAAAUUGUUGGAAGAACAAAACCAACAGCAGAAAGAAGUCCAAAAGAGUAAAGGAAUAUGUAAACGAAUCAAGAACAUGUUCAUAUCAGACGACAAACUGAACAGAAAUGAAAAAGGCAACGAUCUAGACGACUUCUUGUCAGAAGAAUUAGACUUUGACAGGCGUGCUCGUGGCAAGAAAAAGACACACACAGAGAACAUAGACUUCUCCAAUCCUGAUAAUUUCCAACAAUUGAGAGAAAACCAAGAGAACGAUACAACUUCCACACCAGCGACGACGGCUAACCGCCAUGAAUCGAGCUCAUUACUUCAACCUGAUCUAGCUCCAUCGACAAGUGCUUCAUUUCCCCGCCAUUUCCUCCGCAGUGGUAACUCGCCGAUUUUUCAGUUCUACGUUCCCUUAAAGUAUGACUUGAGACAAGCCAACUCCGUUUUUAGAAGUGUGAGAGAGAUGGCUGUGGAGACACAUCCGCCCUGGACCUACAAAGAUUAUGGAAGUGAGCCAUGGGCUGAGGAUAUUACUAACCGCACCAUUGGAAAGACAGUGGACAAAGGUUACCGCACCAUAGGAAGGGCUGAGGAUACUACUAAUCACACCACAGGGAGGACUGAAGAAACAGCUUACCGGGCCACGUUUGAACACCAAAAUCAGUUACCAAAACAAGAUACAUCCAGACCUCCGAAAGUUGAGUACACUACUAAUCGCACCAUAGGAAGGGCUGAGGAUACAACUGACCGCACCAUAGGAAGGGCUGACGAUUCAGCUUACCGGGCCAUAGGAAGGGAUGAGGAUACUAUUAACCGCCCAAUAAGAAGGACUGAGGAUACUACUAAUCACACCACGGAGAGGGCUGAGGAAACAGCUUACCGGACCACGUUUGAACACCGAAAUCAGUUACCAAAACAAGAUACACCCAGGCCACCUCCAAAAGUUGAGGACAGUACUAACCGCACAAUAGGAAGGACUGAAUAUACUUCUUACGGCACCAUAGGAAGGGCUGAGGAUACUACUAAUCACACCACGGGGAGGACUGAGGAAACAGCUUACCGGGCCACAUUUGAACACCGAAAUCAAAUACCAAAACAAGAUACACCCAGACCUCUAAAAGUUGAUAUUAAUAAACAACUAGAACAUCCGUUAGUGGGCAGUUCUAGAAACGAUAAUGUGUGCUAUUAUCACCUUAACUUUGAUCCCGGUUAUGACAAUUCAGAAAUUGAUAAAAGAAGUGCAUCACAGGCAUAUAAAGACAACAAAGGACAUUCUAUCAACAUAGACACAAGACAAGUGACCGCUGAGAAAGCAGAUUUUAGUGACAAACAUGCUUUUGGCGACACAAAACUUGAAAGUACACAUACUAUCAAAAAUACUGCAAAGGAAAGUAAAGAUGAAAAAGAUGCUGACAGAGCUUUCGCGAAAAGAUUUUCAAAUCAGAAGAAACAGAAUACUAACAUGCCAAUACUGAAAGAAAACAAGUUUGUCAAUGGCGACAAUACAGAUGCAAAACAGAAGAUGUGCUUUAGCGCUGCCAAAAAUGAGAUCAAAGAAAAGACUAACGAUGUGUUUGAGAAAAAUGGUCUUGUCUACCCUUAUGCAAGUUCGCUAGAACAAUGUAUGGAUAGAAAACUAAGAACUGAUAAAAAUCUGACGGAGAAUAAAGUACACUCGAGUCACUCAGAAACAAGUCAUAAACAUUCUGUUAGAAAUGAAGAGUCUUCCAUCAACCCUGCUUUAAACGACUCGAAGUCAGACAGUAAAAAUAGAACCGAGAACACUGAGAUGGAAACUAAAAAUGGCGAAAAAUGGUUUGACAGAGAUGAUGAAAUCAAAGUAAAUACAAAACAGAAUUCCAAAAAGGCAAAAGCGUUUUUCGUUUCACUUUGUCCGCUGGCAUCUUAUGGCAAUGACCAGAUCGAAGAUGUGAGAACGAGUUUCACAAAAAGAUUUCCAAAUAAGGAGAAACAAAAUACUGCUGCGGCAACAUUAAAUGAAGACAACAAAACAGCAGAGAUUUCCUUUAAACCAUCAAAGAAUUCCUCACAACAGGACCAGGAUGAAACAGGUAAGCAGGAAAGCACACAUUACUAUACUGACAAUACAGAUAAGCCAGCUGAGGCAAAAACAUAUAUCGAUGACAACAUUAACCAAGAAAAGACAGACACACACCGAAGAAAAGCGGAAGCAUUUUUCAUAUCAUUCGGUCCUUCGACGACUGAUACCAAGGACCUUGGAGAAGACUUACAAGUAAGAUUCAAAAACAGGUUUCCAAACAAUGGGACUGAGGCGGAAUACGGCUCCGUUGAGCAUCAUAACAAAAUAAAGACGGACAACGCGAUAAGAAAAAAGAAACUUGAAGAAAUCCAAACGAAAGUGGACUCCUGGAUGACCAACGAUACGAGACUUUCCCACAAACCAGCUCAGUACGGGUCAGUUGAGCAUAAUAACCUGAUAAAGAAGGAUAACGCUAUGAGGAAAAAGAAAAUUGAAAGCGCGACAACCAAAGUGGACUCCUGGAAAACAGAGAAGACAGAUGACAAUUACCUACUCCCCAACAUGAGACAGUAUAAAGUUGCCCUAAAACCUGCUCAAUACGGUUCUGUCGCACAUAACAACCAAACUAAGCAAGACAAUGCAAUGCGUAAGAAGAAAAUUGGAGGUAUAACCACCACACUGGACACAUGGAAAACAAAUGAAACGGACAAAAGUUAUCUACAUCCUAAUCUUAGAGGCUAUAACGUUGUUAAAAGGUCAGCUGAAUACGGCUCGAUAGAGCACCAUAACCAGAUAAAAAGGAACAAUGCUAUGAGAAAAAUGCGUUUGGGCAAAAUUCAGACAGGGUUAGACACGUGGAAUACUCCAAAUCCUGGGAGCAAAUACUCCUUAAAAAGAAAAGAUGAGUGGGAACCUGUGUUGGAUCCUGGAAAAUAUGGAUCGGUCGCCCAUUUUCAUCAAAUAAAGAGUAAUAAUGCCGAGAGGAAGAAACGUUUGAAUAAAAUACAGUCGAACCUCGAUACAUGGAAUGCACAAAAUCCUGGUAGCAAGUACUCACUGCAGCGAAAAGACGAAUGGGAACCAGUAUAUGAUACCGGAAAAUACGGAUCUGUAGCCCAUUAUCACCAAGUUAAACAGACUCACGUAGACAAUAGACACAUGAUAAAAGCUGCCAGCACUAGACUGUGUACUUGGCAACAGAAAAGCAAAAUGAACUUACUGAAUGCACCAAAAAAGAAAAAAAUCGAGACAACAAAUCCAAACAUGAAAUCACUGAAAGCUUCUUUGAACAGUGUCAGAUCAAAGAUCGACAGCGGAACAAACGACUUAAGACAAAGUACUCACAGCUUAUCCUCCUGGAGUAGACAUAUGCCAGCUGGUCGAGUUGGAGACGAUGAAACAGAAUUUGGAAACUAUAACAAUUUGCCUUCAAGGGCAAAAUAUGAACAAGAAAGAACUGAACUAGACUAUGACACCGACCUUUCAUACCGGAAUAAACAUGCACAAUACAUAAAUGGGCAUAUAAAUGAACCAAAUCAACCAAUGCUAGACAGUAGAUACUGUCGGGAACCCACGGGCAGAGAAGUAUCAGAAUUGACCAACCAAGACUAUGACUAUAGCUUUCCUCCAAGGCGCAGACAUAUACCACCUGAAACCUCAGCAGUCAAUGGACACUACCAACAACCACGGAGCAGACGUGCCACAAACGGAACAUCACCAGUCAGUGAACAUUACCAGCCAUCUUGGAGCAAAAAUGAACCUCAAUUGUCCCGGAGUAGCCCUGUAUCUUGUAGAACUGCACGCGGAAACAAAUCACGUUUACCAGUCCCUAAGGAGAACCCUGUUAGCAGAUAUGAACAGACGCUCAACGGAGUUCUUCGCCAAAACCAAAAAUAAAUUUAGAUGAUGGACGACCAGUUUGAUAAGACGGAUGUCCAGAAUUUGCAGCAGAGUUCAUCACAUUUCCAAUUCAUAACUUUUGCAGAAAACGUCAUGACUUUAAAAAAAUUGGAAGAAUCAACAAUUAAGACAUAUUAAUUUUUCUAAUAAAAGAAAGAAAAAAA